CCCCGUUCUACUUCGGCCCACAAUUUAUACCCAAAAGGAAAAAGAAGCCUUUUCCUCUACCGUAUUUGUAAUCGUCUCUCUUGCGAUUUUCUCUCGCGAAGUCCUGCCUUUUCAUCUCUCGCCCACCGCCAGCCGGCUAUUCCUCUUCGGACACCACCAUGAAGAGUAUACUGGCAAUUACGGAUGACGCCAUUCUGGCUACAAGCAUUGUUAUUAAUGUUUUACAAGAGCUUGGGAAUGAAUAUGUUGGGAACUGUGAUUCACAAAUAAUCACUCAAGCCUUUUCUCUAAAUAAGUUGCCACUUGGAGCAUCAUCCAUGGAUGCUGUCGUUUCUAUUUGUAGAUCUGAUUUUCCAAGUGAUCAGUUGUGUGAGGAGAUCUCAAGAGUUUUGAAGUCUGAUGGGAUAAUCCUUAUUCACAAGACUUCACAGUCCGUUGCAGUUGAGAAAGAUGAGUCCCCUGCCAUGGUGAGUAGAUUACUUUUGGCCGGCUUUCUUGAAGCUCAAGUAACAGAAAAGAAAUCAGUUUCUCCAUCUGAUGUAGAGAAUGUCGUGAUAAGAGCCAAAAAGCCUUCUUGGAAGAUUGGCUCCUCUUUUGCUAUUAAGAAGCCUGCAAAAAGUUUACCAAAGAUUCAGCUUGAUGAUGAUUCUGAUUUGAUCGAUGAAGAUAGUUUAUUAACUGAGGAGGAUUUGAAGAAACCCCAGCUACCAUCAGUUGGUGAUUGUGAAGUUGGCAGCACAAGGAAAGCUUGCAAGAACUGCACUUGUGGUAGGGCCGAAGCAGAGGAGAAAGUAGAAAAACUGGGAUUGACUUCAGAUCUGUUGGAAAAUCCUCAAUCUGCAUGUGGCAAUUGUGGACUGGGAGAUGCUUUUCGGUGCAGUACGUGCCCAUACAAGGGUCUACCAGCAUUUAAACUUGGGGAGAAGGUGUCACUACCUGGGAAUUUCCUUGCUGCUGAUAUAUGAUGUUCUUUCAUUACUUUUGACCUAUAUUGGGAAUUUCCCUGGUCGAUUUAGCUAUACUGUGUAUUUUGACCAUCUGAUGAAUGGUCUGGUCAAAUGGACAAUUGUAUACCUACAAUCCGUACUAACUCAUUGGUCUUCUACUACUUGAAGGAGAAAUAUAAUUGAGGAGGCAAAACUAGUUUUAGUUCCA